AUGGGCGCGUGCAUGUCUGCAGAGCACAGCCAGGAGACGCCAGAGGCCAAGCAGUCGCGGGCCCUCGACAGGCGCAUCAAGGAUGACGAAAAGAAGAUGUCGAGAGAGAUCAAGCUGCUGUUGCUUGGCGCGGGAGAGAGCGGCAAGUCGACGAUCCUCAAAUCGAUGCGCAUCAUCCACCACAUUCCCUUUACGCCCGAGGAGCGCGAGAACUUCCGGCGCCUCGUCUUCAUCAACCUCGUCCUCGGCAUGAAGGCCGUCCUGGACGCCAUGGAGGAGUGGGGCGGUGAAUUCGAAAAGGACGAGAACGCCGGCCACCUGUCGCUGUUCAUCUCGUACCCAGACAUUGCCGAGGACGAGCCGUUCCCGCAGACGUACCUCGAGCCGCUCAAGCAGCUGUGGAAGGACGAGGGGGUGCAGAGCGUCUACAAGCGCGGCAACGAAGCCGCCAUUCCGGAAAACAUGAGCUACUUCUACGGCGACCUGGCCCGGCUGUUUGGGCCAGACUAUGUGCCGACGGACCUCGACAUCCUGCGGUGCCGCAACAAGACGACGGGCAUCAUCGAGACGACGUUCCCGAUAGACGACCGCACCUACCGCAUCUUUGACGUCGGCGGCCAGCGGUCGGAGCGGAAAAAGUGGAUCCACUGCUUUGAAAACGUCACCGCCGUGCUCUUCCUCGUGGCGCUGUCGGGCUACGACUCGUGCCUGGUCGAGGACAAGGACUCGAACCAGAUGCAAGAGGCGCUGAUGCUGUUUGACUCGAUCUGCAACAGCAAGUGGUUCGUCCGCACGUCGAUGAUCGUCUUUCUCAACAAGGUCGACAUCUUCCGCAGCAAGAUCAUGCACUCGAGCAUAUCCCAGUACUUUCCCGACUACGAUGGCGACGAUGCCGAUUUCAACGCCGCGCGGUCCUACUUCAAGCAGCGCUUUGUGCGCCUCAAUCGCUCGACGACCAAGGAAAUCUACCCGAGUUUCACCAAUGCGACGGACCCGUCGCUCCUCAAGAUCGUCAUGACCUCUGUGACCGACAUUAUCCUAACAAACAACCUGAGAGAGAUCGUCAUCUAG